AUAGUGACGGUCGCACACGUACAGUUCGACCGCACCCGCAUGCCAGAGGACUGUAUUUCAAGAUCGAAAGCUCUCGCAACUCAUCCGGUCGAUAUGUGUGCUCGGCUGAAAACAAGUUCAACAAAAACCCGGUUGUGGUUGUCCACCGAGUCGAUAUACUACACGCACCUGUUUUCACUGGUACAAAGGAGAAUGUGACGGUCGAAGUGGGUCAACCUCUAGAAGUUCAAUGCAUAGUUACCAGUCUGCCAUCUAUAACCUCAAUUACAGUCGAGUUUCCGGAUGGGUCACAUACUUCAGUUCCGGCUACACCAUUUAAUCAAAUGCAAAAAGCAGCGAGAAUUUUGAGAGCGGCCCAUGCUUCUGUCCUAAAUGAAGGAUAUUUCAAGUGCAUUGCUAGUAAUGGCAUUGGAAAUCCAGUUGUGAAGGUCAUUCGCGUCGCUAUUACCAAUGCUACUGUACCUGUAGUGAACUCCACCAUAGCUCAGCCAUCAUUUGCCACUGGAAGCCUUGAAGCCCCUGCUGGAAAAGUGAGGCCUGGAGACACUGUGUAUAAGGUCAGACGCGGGCACCCUGUUGGAAAAUCAAACCCCGGAGAUACCGUGGAUGUGGUCAGAUCUGUUGGAAAAGUCAGGCCUGGAGACAAUGUGUAUAAGGUCAGACCUGGACGCCCUGUUGGAAAAGUCAGCCCCGGAGAUACUGUGCAUGCGGUCAGACUCAGACGCCCUGUUCAUCCAGCUAACUCGAAAAGAACACCAAUGCUGUCUGUUCCUCAGCCAGAUUUCAAUUCAUCCGAAGACGCUACAGUCCUCGUAUUCAACACCACUGAUGAUGCAGCUAAUAAUGGAAACACACCAAUGCAGGAUGAUCCUUGGUUUCAGUUCAGUGCAUCAAAAGGAUCUGGUGAAUCUCCUAAGAAACCAGAUCACGGAGCAACAUUCGCUGUCAUUGGAGGAGUGUUGGGCGGAUUGAUUCUUAUUUGCGCCGUGCUCGUGGCUUACCAUCAACGCUCCCGGCGGUACCCUGACGUGGAGAUUCGGCCAGAGCGACCGUCGUAUGGGGCUGCAAAGUCGAGCGGGCCGGUGAAGGCGAAUCCUUUCAGUACAAAGUUGAUGCCGGUUCCUUCCCUGGAGUCGUGUACCGAAAUUCCUAACCAGCCUGGCCUUCUAUUUGGUGUGAACGGCAUCUUCAUGUCUCCAGAUAUAUUCGCUUCACACUACCUGAUGGCAUAA